AUGAAGGUGUUUCACUUCUGGCAAAUUCCAGUGGCAACAAUUUUUAUAUGGUACAGCCUCUUGAUCGCCAUGUUGACCUGCUGGGGUGUUCAAGGCCGUCCAAUAUAUUGGUUUAUGAGUCCCAAGGACCAAUUCAUUUACCUAUCAGAUAUUGCGGCAACCAACCUCAAACCAAUCUUUAUCUCCUGUGGGGCUGCUCAAGGAGUCCUGUUCAUUUUUACCUUGAUUAGCGAAGGCUAUCUUAGAUGGAAAGCCGAGAAACUCAUUGGAUACUUCAAUCUACGUCUACCGAGAAUCACCAUCAUCUUGUCCGUGAUAUUUGCUAUGAUUGGGGCCGCUGGAGUGACGAUUUGUGCCUGUCUCGAUAUUGCGCACCAUAAAUACGGCCAUUAUACAGGACUUGGAAUGUUUAUUGUAGGAAUAUUCUUUUGUGUUGUAUGUUUGUUGAUCGAACAGUUUUCUGUCGCCAUAAAUUACGGUAAGAACAUACUUUCAAAUUACCACAGUUUUAAUGGCGGGAAAUCAGUAGCAACGUCAACAUCAUCCUCAUCAUCAUUAGAAAUGAGCGAAAAUGAACAUGAUCAUACCAAUGACUCAUCAACAAGCCCCCAAGUUUUUGACAAUAAUAUUAAAGUUUUCAAGGAGAGUAUACCCAUGAAACAUAACUACUUGUUUUGGGCAUCAAUUUUCAAAUUAGUUUGGGGAGUAAUUGCCGUAGUCUUGGCCAUAUGCUUUGGCUUAUUUGCCUACUAUGGGAAUAGCGUAUCUGGGCCAAUUUGUGAAUGGAUUUUAUGUUUUUGGUAUGGCGGUAUCCAUAUGAUUUUGGCAUAUGAUUUUAUCCCGGCCUCUCGUUAUAAAUGGAAACCUGGUUUUUACGGACAAGGGAAAUAUAAUCAUGGAUUUGAUUAUGAUGUCAUUCCUAGGCAGAAAGAAUUUGAAACUUGCGAACCUAAUAUUUAUGAAUCAUGA